UUGAAAGACUUCCAAUAAUCUUAUCAGGUGUUAAUACUCAGCAAUUAUUAGGAGUACCUAAGCUUGAUCGUGGGACUGGGUUAAAUCAAGCUAUCGCUAUCAAGGAAAUUAUAAAUGAAUGGAACAUCUUGGAUCGUAUUAAAGCAAUGUGUUUUGAUACUUGUCCUACAAACACAGGAUCUGAUAAAGGAACAUGCAGUCGCUUAGAACAAAUGCUAAAAAAGCCAUUACUAUAUUUGGCAUGUCGACAUCACAUAUAUGAGUUGAUUUUGAGAAGCGUUGUUGAAGUUGUUUGGCCAGGAUCAAAUUCUCCUAAUGUACCGAUUUUUGUACGGUUCCAAAACUCUUGGAAGAACAUAGACCAAACAAAGUAUGAGACUGGUAUUCAAGAUUCCAUUAUAAAUAAAGAAGUUCACGGUAAAAAAGACGAAAUAAUUAGUUUCAUCGUAACUGAACUGCAGAAAAAGCAUGACAGAGAUGAUUAUAAAGAGCUUUUGGAAUUAGUGUUAAUAUUCUUAGGUGGUACUCCGAAAAACGGGAUCAAACUUAGAGCUCUAGGACCAAAUCAUCAUGCAAGAUGGAUGGCUAAGGCUCUAUAUGCUUUAAAAAUCUUCAUUUUUAAAAAACAGUUUAUAGUCAAUGCAACUGAAGUAAAUGGACUGAGAUAUGUCUGCUUAUUUCUAGUUAAUUUCUACACGGUUUCAUGGUUUAAUGCACCUUCUGCGAUAAAGUCAUCCUAUCAAGAUUUGAAUCUGAUCAAAAAUCUUUAUGAAUUCCGUUCUGUCCAUAAAAAAAUGUCUGAAGCAGCAACGGUGACAUUUUCAAGACACUUAUGGUACUUGUCAGAAGAGUUGGUCGGGUUAGCUUUGUUUGAUGACAGAGUUUCCUUACAUGCUAAGAGACAAACCGUAACUGCAAUAAAAACGCGAGAAAGUAAUGCUUCGAAUUCAAAAAAAUUUAUCGUCAAAGACUAUCAAUUACCGUAUCAAUUUAUGGACAAGGAUCCAGAGCUCUGGGCAUUUGAUCAAGAUUAUCUACAUUGCAAAUCUGUGUUUUCAGACUUAAAAGUUGUCAACGAUCUCGCUGAAAGAGGUGUUGCAUUAAUCCAGGACUACAACAACUGCUUAACGAGAAACGAAGAACAAAAACAAUAUUUAUUUUCCAGAGCCAUGCGAGAUUUAAGAGCACGAAGAUCAAACGAACAAAUUCAAGAAGACAAUGCAAAUUUGCGUGCGAGAGUGUCGCAGUUACGUGAACAACGAUCACAAGAGGCACGAGAUGAACGAAAUCAACAAAGACAACUAGAACGAAGACAAACUCGCAGACUCAUAGUCGACAGACAUAGAGGAAUUGACCAACAACGCCAACAAGUUCAUCGAGCAUUUACGUCAAAUUCAUUUCUUUGA